AUGUUAGAUUUCUCGGAACUUGUUGAUAAGGUAUUAAGUGUGAUCGGAGUUGAUAGAGAAGGGCUGUAUAUUGAUUUUUCUUUGGUAUGGACGGAGAGGUCAGGAAAAAGGUCUCGUGUGCACAUUAAUGAUGAUAAUACUGUUCGGUUCAUUUAUCUUUGUGCUGAUAAAUGGCCAGAAUUGUACCCUGAAAAUGUUGAGAGAACAGGCCAUGUUUAUGCAAGUACAUCUGGCCAGGAUAUUGGUGCCAGCACUAGUGGUGGUAGAACAAUUGAAGACAAUGAAGAUGGAGAUGAAGAUGGAGAUGAAGAUGAAGAUAAAGAUGAAGAUGAAGAUGCAGAUGAAGAUGAAGAUGUCGGGGGUGUCGAAAGCAGUGAUGAUGAGUACGUCCCAUCGGAUGAGGACUCAGAUGACGACACUGAUUUUGAGUCAUCUUCUUCAGUCCCAUAUGUUUUCGACGACAUAAGUGGAUGGGACAAGACUUUAGAGGAAGUAGAAAACGAUGGAAUUAAAAUGUGGGAUGGCAAUCCGUUGACGCUAGGCCUUGAUAUACAUUUCGCCAACAAGCCUGAGGCACAAGCGGCAGUGGGAGAAUGGAACUUGGUACAUGGUCGGACUUUCCGGGUGAAAACGAGCUCUAAACGAACAUGGUAUGUCGAAUGCGAGACGUGUGGACCUAAAUAUCCGAAAGAGCGCCUUCACGGCUAUGAUUGUCUGUGGAAGGCGCGAGUUUCGCUACAGAAGGCCACCGAUACUUGGAAAAUGGUGGCAAACAUUGAUAUGAUCCAAAAAUGUCAGACUGUUCUACCUCCUACUCCAAUGAAACUGUAUGAAGAGGCCCGGAAGAAAUCAUUGAGGCAAAAGGUCAACCGGUUUAGCAAGAGAAACCAGAAGUACGAAGUGGUUACAAUAGCACCUGAUAAUCAACCAUGGAAGGCUGACGAGAAGCAAGUUGUGUUGUAUGCAAAUCGAGAGUGCACUUGCGGAAAGUGGCAGACUUUCAGAUUUCCUUGUUCCCAUGCACUUCGAGUUGCCCGUGAGCUAGGUGACGAUCCCUUCCCACUUUUUGAUCCAUGUUACACUACGCAUCAAUGGUACCAACAGUUUUCUGGAGAAUUCAACCCAAUCAUGGAACCAUGGCCAAAGGCAACGUGGCAGAUCAGGCCAGAUGACACUAAACUUGUCCACCAUGCUGGCCGAGGUCGGAAGCGUGUGAAUCGGAAAAAAGGUGUGAUGGAUUAUACAAGCAAAUCUGGCCAGCGAAGACUCAAAACUUGCAGUUUAUGUAAGCUACAAGGCCAUAAUGCCAGGGCUUGCCCAUAUGCGAGAGUUUGCGCACGAUGUGGAAGUUUAGAUCAUGAUGCUGUGGAAUGCCCUUUUUCUCAUCCACCCGCUGACAGGACCGCUAUUGAUAAACUGUACGAUCCAUAUGGAAUUCAUGGUGUGCCUAAUAUCGAUUCUGAUGAUGAUGAUGAUGCCAUGUCCAGGUCUUCUCUGGCCGCUUCUGCCAAGGCUAUUACCGGCUGUGUGAUUCUUCUUCAGCUCUGGGCCUGGGAGCGGAUUUUGACGGUUCAGCCCAAGAUACUGGGUAGGGAUCUCGAUCUAUCUGAUUGUCCAUUGGGCACGAGGUGGUCCCGCGAGAAAAAAGUUCAAGGUAUCACGCGGUUCAAUUUGGCCGCGUAUCGGGAUCAGCUUGCGCUCUCGCAGAGUCGAUUUUGUCUGGAUGCCGUACACAACUCUUUUGGGUCGUAUUGCCGUGGUUUGUCUUGUGGGACAGGGGCAUAUGGCGAUCUCGGACAUGGCUCAUCUGCGGUGAUGUCGUUGCGCCACACAACCCCAGAGGGUAUUUCGCCAAUUUGGUUAUCACCAGCGGAUACCCGCGACGCAUUACUUCUCACCGCGGCGGAAAUUACUAGCCUGCUCAAGAGGAAGCCGUUUGGAGGAUCCGAUAGGAGAUGGUUACAACAACUAGGGAUAUAUCUCCAGGUUUGGAAUGAUCGCCACGGCCAAGUUGUGGGGACUGAUGAUCUUUAUGUUGGCGAGCCUUCCGCAGAUCCGGAGUAUCUCUUGUGGUACCAUCAGGUUACUGUGAAGUAUGUUACGGAUCCGACGGACUCUGAAAAUGCGAGGGGUUUUCACGGUUCUGCAGAGACCUUGCGCGUCAUGGCCACAUUGAUGGAGGAUGUUCGUAGUCUGAGUAUUAUAGGCCAGCGUACUUUCGACGCGGACUCCUUUGGUUAUGAUCGCUUAGGCGAGAUUGCCCAGGUUGCUGAGCGGGCGUUGUCCGUCAAUGCAACAAAUGUUGUACGGCACGAUCUCGAUAGGCAUGUUGAGGUUCAUGACAUUUUGAGUCAAGAACUUGCACCUGUAGACCCGACCCAGCAACAUCCACCACCCAGACCUCCGAGGCGUUCGCGCAGGUCUCGGCGUGGGCGUGGGGGGCAAGAGACAAUCACAACAUCUCAGCCACAUCAGUCCUCCCAAGAUGAGCAGCCUCAUAUUCCCUUCACUGGCGGUUCAUCCCAUCGGUCUCCACAUCGAUCUCCACUCCAUUCUCGACAGCAUUCAGCCCAUCGGUCUCCACAUCAUUCAUCCCAUCGGUCUCCACAUCAUUCUUCGCCGACCCAUCAGCAGUUCGCUAGAUGGCCAUCGAUACAUUACACGAGUAACUUUCUUUCGAGUAUGUUCGAGGGUGUUGCGGGUCAGCAUCAGGCUGAUAACCCAGCUGAGGGUGAGCGUGAGAGUCAGGGUGAGGAUGAGGCUGAGGAUGAGGUUGAGGAUGAGGAUGAGGAUGAGGCUGAGGAUGCAGACCAGGAUGAUCAGUUUGAGGGUCAUGGUUAUCAGCGCCAUGAGGAGCAGGGAUCGAGUCAGACUCUAGGGACUCCACCGUUGGCUAGUAAUAGCCCUGAACAAAAUGAUGAUGAUAUUGAUCUACAAUCAGAAGCUGCAGACGCCAGUGGAAAUAGUGGUUCAGGUCAAGAUCCUCCAAAAGGAACUGGGAAUAACGAAAGUGAUGGUUCAGCAAAUGAAGUUCCACAUCUUAUUGCUUUUGAAACCAGAACCCUUCUUGAGUUAAACUUUCUCAUUUGUUCUAUUAGUGCCGCAGCUGUUUUCACUCUCAUGUCAUCAAGCGCACCCAACUCCUGGUUCUAUGGUAUCUCUGCUGGAGCUGCUUGCCUGGGUUUCUUUUGUAAUUUUCUUGCAAUCAGUCUUUUGAGCUACCAAAGUGCCGCUAAAGUCUUGACAAUAAUUGGCGCAGUUGGUACGGCAUUUGCCAUCAGCGUUGCUUUGGGUGCAACAGAAAUCCGUAAGAUGGUAUUUUAUUCUGAUGCCUAA